AUGACAAAACCAUUUGAAGAUCUUGGCCAGAAAGAUUCUUUUGUGAUUCUUAUUUUUCAUGUUGAUAACAUUCUGAUCAUUACUAUCCAAAGAAGGCGGAGGUUUGGUUUUUUCUCUCCCAUGGCGAAGAGGAAAAAGACGAGUCUUAAGCCAGUCAUUCAUGAUGGAGAUCCAGUCGAGAUAUUACCUCAGGUGGCCAACGAGGUGGAGGUCGAUGUGCCAGAGGUUUGUGCGGUUUCUGAGAUAGCGCAAGAUAGGUUGAAGGUAUCUGAAGCUCCUGGGUUUGGGCAUUCGCAAGGCGACGAUUUAGGUCAGAAGGGUCAGAGAGAUCAGGAAAUCGGAGUGGAGGAUGUUGAUUCUGAACCAGAUGUUAGAUCUACAUCUUAUGUGAAUGGGACAGAUGAUAAUGAAAAAGGUGGAGACGAUGAUUUUCAAUCCGAAUCUCAACAUCAUUGGCAACAAUUUAGGUCUAGUAAGCUCUCCUUCUCUGAACCGAAAUUGGAAUUCACUGAACCAAUUUUUAGGAAUGGUCAAAAGUUGGCACAAGUUGACAUAGAAGAGGUUAAGAUUCAGUCUGCUAACUGGUCUGCUGCUGUCAUUUGCAUGGUGAUGGGAGCGAAUCCUCCAAUGACAAUUUUUGAGGGCUUCAUAAAGAGAGUUUGGGGCCAUCUAGGGAUUGCCCAAAUUUCUAGAAUGAUUAUGGGGUUAACUUUGGUGAAAUUUAAUGAUGAAGCGACUAGAGAUCAUGUCUUAGAGAAUGGAAUCUUGCAAUUCGAUAGGAAACCUGUCAUUGUUAGACCUUGGACAACGGAUUUGAGUGCUAUUAGACUGAUUCGGUCGGUGCCCCUUUGGGUCCGUCUUCAUGACCUGAGAUUACAAUAUUGGGGAAGCAAGUGUCUAAGUGCGUUGGUGAGCACGGUUGGCAAACCAUUGCUAGUUGAUAAAUUCACUAGGGAACGAUCUCGGGUUCAGUUUGCGAGGGUCCUAGUGGAGAUGGAAAUAACAGAUGACCCUCCCCGAAGUUUACAGUUUGUCAAUGAAUAUGGUCAGAUUAUUGAGCAGGGGAUAGAGUAUGAAUGGUUGCCUACUAAGUGCAAGACUUGUUCUGGUUUUGGACAUUCCAUGGCAGAUUGUCGCAAGAGUGUUAAGCCUAUGUGGGUGGAAAAAGGAGGGAGGUCUAAGGCAGAUUCUACUAAAGAACAGGGAACUACUUCAGAGAUUAAGAAUACAGAGGAACCAACUCAGGAAGUGGGUAAUAAGGAAGGAGUGGAUAUCUCAGUCAUUGGUCUUACUGAGGUUUCUCGUCAAGAGGAGGCUAAUGUGGAUCAAUCUAAGGAAAGGGUUAUGGAUGAUAUAUGGCACACCCCUAAGCGUACUGCAUCCCUAAGCAAGCAAGGAUUGGGUACUACUGAGUUUUCUAAACUGGCCACGGAUCAACAUCACAGGACUAAUAAAUAUGAUGUGCUUCAAGAGCAGAAGAAAGUUCAAGAAAUAGUUAGAAGUAGUAAGAUUGGAAUUGGUGGGUUAUUGGAAACAAAAUUACGAGGGAAUAAAGUUAGGGAGUUUAUGGAUACUAGAUUUCCUAAUUGGGAGUUCUACUCCAGUCCGAUUAUAGAAGGGCGAUUAUUAAUUCUGUGGAGAAAGGGGAUAGCUAGAUUGACUGUGUUGGAAGACUCUCCUCAGCUUGUUCAUUGUCAAGUUCAGUUGGUAGGUGACAUGAGAUGUUUCUGGGUUACUUUUGUUUACGGUUUCAACACUGUAGAGAAGAGAAGAAGCCUUUGGACGGAUCUAACUCGUAUCUCUCUUUCAGCUAAGGCUUGGAUUGUGUUAGGAGACUUUAAUGCUACCUUUUCUGGUGGUGAUAGAUCGGGGGGUAAUGCAAUUACUGGUAAUGAGCUGGCUGAUGCUAUUGAUUGGAAAGUUAUAGCUAAUGUUCAAAGUCUCAAAGCUACAGGGUCUUUUUUCACCUGGACUAAUAACCAAGAAGGAACAGCCCGGAUUUUUUCGAAAAUUGAUCAUGUUUUCAUUACUGAGGAGUGGUUAGACUUUUUCCCUCAGACUUUGGCUAAGUUUAGUUGGGAGGUUGUUUCAGACCACUGCUCUUGUAUUGUGUCAAAUAUUCCAGUGGUGACUAUGGGAACUAAGCUGUUUAAGUACUAUAAUUUCUGGGCCAACCAUACUGAUUUCAAGCAAGCAGUUUUAAGUAGCUGGGAGGUUCCUGUUCAAGCUACUGGUCUUAGAGCUGUUUUUGUUCAACUUGUUAGAUUGAAGCACAGGCUUAAGAGGUUCAACAGGGAGUGUAUUGGUGAUGUGGGGUAUUGCUACCAGCUAGCUUCGAAGGAAUUCCAAGAUGCCCAAUUUCAGGCCCAAGCUAAUCCUCUUGAUAUCAGCUUACAUGAGUUGGUAGUUGACCAUUUUGUAGAGCACUUCAAGAAUCAUCUAGGCUCCUCCAGAUCGGCCUCUGGUGUAGUGGAUCGGUGCUGUGUUGAUUUGGGUCCUAAAUUGUCCAUUGAUCAACAGCUGUCUCUUAUGUCUCCUUUUUCUAACAAGGAAAUAAAAAAGGCUUUUUUCAGUAUUCCUAGCACCAAAACUCCUGGACCUGAUGGUUUUGGAUCAAGUUUUUUCAAGCUGUUUUGGAAGGAAAUUGGUCAUGAUAUAUGCUCAGCUGUCAAUCAUGGUUUUACUUCAGGAAAAUUACCUAAGGAACUUCAUGAAACGACUAUCUCUCUGAUUCCUAAGGUGUCUAAUCCGGCUAAGGCAUCUGAUUUCAGGCCCAUUGCUUGUUGUUCAACUAUCUAUAAGGUCAUGGCCAAAUUGCUUAGUUCUCGGUUGGCCUUGGUGCUCCCUUCUCUUAUUCAGUCUAACCAAGGAGCUUUUGUUCGUGGUAGGACCAUUGCUCAUAAUAUCAUGAUUCUUCAAGAUCUUAUUAAGAAUUAUGGUAGAGCGAAUACUUCUCCCCGUUGUGCUAUAAAGAUAGACAUAAGCAAGGCUUACGACACCGUUGAUUGGUUAUUUUUGGAAAACCUAUUGAAGGAAGUUUGUUUUCCUAUGAAGUUUAUAGGUUGGGUGAUGAAGUGUGUCCAAAAUACUAACUACUUCUUACUGUUAAAUGGCCGGGUUCAGGGAAAUUUCAAGGGAAAAAGAGGAUUACGGAAAGGGGAUCCUAUGCCUCCGCUCUUAUUUGUGAUCAUUAUGGAAUACUUGACUAGAAGCAUUCAGUGGGCUUCCAGAUCCCCUCUUUUCCGAUUUCAUCCGUUGUGUAAGAGCAUUAAUUUAAUUAAUUUGUGUUUUGCCGAUGACAUUAUUCUGUUUUGCAAAGGCAAUAUUGGGGCUGUUAAUGUUCUUAAGUGUGCUCUUGGGGUUUUUGGUGAGGCUUCAGGGCUUCAAUUAAACCUUAUGAAGUCUAUGAUAUACUUUGGAGGAGUUCCUUUAGAGGAUAAAAAAGGGAUUUGUCAGCUGUUGAAUCUCACUGAAGGAUCCUUUCCACUGCAUUAUCUAGGGGUCCCUCUUAGACCUACGAAGUGGAAACAUUCAGACUGUGAGAUCAUUAUUCAAAAAGUAAGAACUAAACUCUUCUCCUGGUCUAGUAAGCACCUUUCUUAUGCAGGUAGACUGCUUCUUAUCCAAUCUGUUCAAUUCGGUUUAUGUAAUUUUUGGAUGAAUGUGUUCAUUCUCCCUCAGAGCAUUAUUAAGGAGGUCGAUAAACUGUGUAGACAGUUCCUUUGGGGGGCUUCGGGGACUCGCAGUAAGCUUCAUUUUGCUUCAUGGCAGCAGGUGUGUCGUCCCAAGGCUUUUGGAGGCCUCGGUCUUAGAGAAGGGUCCAGCUGGAAUAGAGCUUUGUUGGCUAAGUAUAUCUGGGCAGUCACGAAUAAACAUGAUACUUUAUGGGUCAAAUGGGUGCAACACGUCUACUUGAAGGGGGCUGAUUUUUGGAAUUAUGGGUUGAAGUUGGACACUAGUUCGUACUGGCGGAAAAUUUGCCAUCUCAGAAAUAAGUUUAGUAAAUCUGAGGUGUUGGCAGCUGGUUGUUCUGGGAAGUUUAAACCAGCCUUGCUCUAUAUCAGUGGUUUAAACCAGAAACUAGCAGAGUAUAAAAAAACUAUUUGGCAUCGAUCUAUUCUGCCUAAGCAUCGAUUUAUGCUUUGGAUGGUGCUUAAUUCUUAUCUGUUAACUAGAGAUAAUCUCGCCAAAGUUCAUAUGCAAUUAUCUAGCUUACUGUGUCCGGUUUGUGAUAUUCAUUUGGAGAGCCACCAGCAUCUUUUUUUCGACUGCUGCCUCUCCUUAAAGGUGCUGGAGGUCAUAUUCACCUGGAUUGGUUUCCCUGCUUGGUCCCCUUUGUACUCGGCUUGGACAGUCAACUUACAUGCUGGGUUUAGUAAUAGUUUUAGUCUCACUUUGAACAUGAUUCUAGCUGCUGUGGUUUAUAGUAUUUGGAGAAAUAGGAAUAGAUGCUUACAUGAUGGUUAUUCAUUGACUGCUUAUUAUAUAGCUAAAUAA